GCUCAGCAAUUUAUUUGACAACGACAGUUUAAAAUUCAAUUUUAAGUUGUGCUUUAAAAAAGUUUUUUGUUGUCAGUUUAAAUUUUAUUAUUUUAUAUAAUAGCUGGAUAAUCAUAAAAAACAGAAUAACUGUAAGUGGUUCGUUGAAUUAUAAAUGCAGUUAACUAUCCUUCUGGUUUUUGCUGUGGGUGUUUCUCAAUCAAAAAAAAGAUGGAGUCAUAAAGAGGGAAAACUGCAAACAUGCGACGUUACAUAUUGUGCAAAUGGUCAAGAAUGUGUUGAAAGCAAUAACAAACCAGAGUGCCGAUGCAUUCAAUCAUGUUAUGAGGAAAUUUCAUACGUAUGUGGAAGCAAUAGAAAAACAUAUAACAGUAAAUGUGAACUUUAUAAAGAUGCAUGUGUUAGAAAGGAAUCAAUAACAUUAGUGGCAACAGUUUCUUGCGAGGAAGACGACAAGAUUAAAAAAGAUAGAAGCAAUGAAAUUGAAAUGGAUGAUAGCAAACCAAAACCUGCCGUUUGUAUUCAAAAAGAUCGUGAUACUAUGAGAUCAGUUAUCAUAAAUUAUUUUCAUCAAAAAACAAGCUUAGGUGACAAAUCAUAUAUGAUUGAACUUCAAAACCAUUAUAAUGUUAUUGACAAAAAUAAUGAUAAAUCGUUGGAAACACAUGAGUUUAUGAAUCUAGUAGAAACAAAGAAACUGUUGUCUAAUGUUACUAGCAACUCUUUAUUAAUUGGAGCAUGUAUUGUGGAGAUAAUGGCAUUGACAGAUGAUAACUUUGAUUACAGACUCGACUUUGAGGAGUUUGUAAAAUGCAUAAAUCCUAACUUUCAUCCUCCUCAUGAUAGUUGUGAGUUGGAAGGUAGAAAUUAUGAUGAUGGAGAUGAUGUUUUACAAGAAUGUAACACCUGUAAAUGUGCCUGCGGUAAAUGGAUUUGUACUUCGAAUAUUUGUCCAAAAAUUUAAAGAAUGCGAGUCAAAGCUUAAAACAAUGUUAAAAAGAAGAAUUUUUUUUUUAAUUAGUUCGGAGAAAUUUUUUUAUGUAAUGUAUGCUUAAAUAUUUUAUGGUUUUAUUUUUUUACGAAAUGGAAAAUUUUGUAUCGUAAUGCUAACCAGGAUAAUUUUCUUUGUGUUCGCCAAA